CCCCCGCCGGGCAGCCAUGGGGCGGGGGGGCGUGGAGGGGGGCAGGUAGUGACCAGCAUGACGCACCUCCACGACCCCGACAACGAUGACAUCGAGCGGGAGCUGUACCAGCUGGGCCUCACUGAUGUGCCGCCGCCCCCGCCGCCCGCCCUCAGGGGCGCCCUGCCCGCCGUGUGGCCGCCUGCAUCCUCCGCCCGCAGUCGCUCCGCCCCUUCCAUCCAGGAGGACUCCAUCGUCGACCCCCCCGUCCUAGUAAAUCCCAGGCCACUCCAUGGUCCCCCCUCCCACACCCAGCAUAACCCCUUCACCGCCUUCACCACCGUCGCCGGGGAUGGGGGAGGGAGGGCGCGGCUGGGUCUGUGGGGUGGCGCCCCCCCACCUGUGUCAGGCCUACACCACAGCCUCACCAACCUGACAUUGGACAAUCCUGGCCAUGUCUUUCCACCACCUACCCGCGCCCCCGACCCCACCACUCUCUUCAAUGGCGGCCUCACCACCGCCGCCACUACCACGGAGGAGGCAGUGACGACGGUGUCGAUGGACGGGCUACACGGGACGAGCUACACCACGGCCACCGGCACCGUGUGGACGCAGGACCCCGGGGCCGUCCACUACCCUGUCUACGUCAUGCCGCAGGACUUCAACACUCUGCCCCGGGGGCCCCCCCAAGCCUCCCCGCGCCCCGAACUGGGUGAAGAGGACGAAGAGCGACUGGCAGCGCUGGUGUCGAGCGUGGAGGCCGCGCUGCGCAGGAUACACUCGGGUUUACAGGAGUCCUACAUCAUGUACGAGAACCCUGACGACGAGGAGGACCCCCCGCCACCCCAACCUGUCACCGCCUCACUUAGGGACCCCCCGCCCUCACCUGUACCACCCCACGAACCUCCGGGGUCCCCACCGCCCCCGGCUAGCCCCCAGGAGCCCAUUUCGCCAGGGCCCCCUCCUGGCGGGAUAGGAGCCGGCCCUCCUCGCCUGGUGGGCCCCGACAACGCCUCUCGCCUCUCCCGUCAACUGGGGUUCAUCCCCAUCCAGGAGGGAGCCCCUCAGCCGCCCCCCCGCCACGCCGACCACCACAAACACCACCAUCACCACCACAGACUCAGCAAGAAGGUCAAAAACCAUAAAUCAAAGGUGCUGCUAUCCGGCCUGAUGAGCUGUCCGGGGCCUGGCUUCCGGCUCCUCAAGGUGCACAGGGACUCGCAAUCCGGUCAGGGGUUUGGAUUCUCCAUUAAGGGCGGUCGAGAAGCUGCAGGUAUUGGUGUUUACGUGUCGAGGGUGGAACAGGGCGGACCAGCGUGGAGGGCGGGGCUCAGACCAGGUGACCUCAUCCUUGCCGCCAACCAGACCAACUUUUCCACCGUCACCCACUCCGAGGCCAUCGCGACCCUAGAAGCUGUAAGAGUUGACCUGACUCAUGACUUUGACGAAGAUUAUGACGAAGGCAACGACGAAGACUAUGACGAAGGCAACGACGAAGAUAACGACGAAGACCGUGAUGAAGACUAUGACGAAGGCUAA